AUGGUUGAAGAACAGUAUGAUGUGGAUGCCUUAGACUUAUUAAUUAAUAUUGUUGGAUUGCCAAUUGCUAAAUCAUCUAAUAGUAGCAUUUGGCCUAUUCUAUGUUCAGAUACUAAGUUUAAAAAAGUUUUUAUGAUUGGUGCAUACUAUGGACAUAAGAAACCUAUUGACUCUAAUAUGUACUUGGAACAAUUUGUGAAUGAAAUAGUUCCUUUAGUUCAAAAUGGAUUUAAAAUGCCAAACAAUAAAUUAAUUACUAUUAAAAUGCAUGGGUUAUUUUGCGACGCCCCGGCUAAAUCAUUUGUUUUGUGUACCAAAGGUCACUCAGGAUACUAUAGUUGUUCCAAAUGUAUAAUUAAAGGUAGCUAUAUAAACAAUAGAAUUUGUUUUCCAUUAGAUACAACUGAAAGUGAAGUUAAUGGUCAUUUACAUGAAAUUAUAGGUUUUAGUGGUUUGAGAACUGAUUUAGCAUUCAAAAACAAUGAUUAUGCCGAUAAUUAUCAACACAGUAUAUCUAUACUAAAUAAUAUUCCACAAUUUGGAUUAAUUUCAAAUGUACCUCUGGAUUACAUGCAUUUAGUUUGCCUUGGAGUUGUAAAAAAAAUGAUCAAUCUCUGGAUAUCUGGACCACUUCCUAUUCAGAUGCUUGCUAGAGACAUUAAAAUUAUUUCUGACAAACUGACUGAUUAUCAGAAGAUGACACCUAAUGGUUUUUCUAGAAAACCUCGUUCAUUAUAUGAUUAUAAGCAUUUUAAAGCUACAUAA